GACAGUUCACCUAGCGCCGAAAGGCCUCUUCGGACUGUUUCCGCUUUCGCUAUUUCUUUUUCAGUCCUCCGUGGCAUGGCGGACGUGCUUUAACAAUUUGAAGUCGUGCUAUUUUUUUGAAUUUUCGAGUGAAAUCGUAGUCGAAAAUGAGUUUGACGGCAUCUCGCCCGCUAGUUAGCAUUUAUUCUGACAAGAAUGAAGCCCUGAAGGAUAAGAAUCUUGCGCUGCCUUACGUGUUCAAGGCACCCAUUCGUCCCGAUGUGGUGAGCGAAGUUUCGCAGCUGAUGCGCCGUAACAAGCGCCAGGCGUACGCCGUAAGCGAAGCUGCCGGUCACCAGACGUCGGCCGAAUCCUGGGGUACCGGUCGUGCUGUGGCCCGUAUUCCGCGUGUCCGUGGCGGUGGUACUCACCGUUCCGGCCAGGGUGCUUUCGGUAACAUGUGCCGUGGUGGACGUAUGUUUGCCCCGACCAAGACCUGGCGUCGUUGGCACCGCAAGAUCAACGUGAACCUGAAGCGUUACGCUCUGGUUUCGGCCCUGGCCGCUUCCGGUGUUCCCGCCCUGGUUCAGUCUAGAGGCCACGUUAUCGAUGGAAUUUCCGAAUUGCCACUGGUUGUCUCCGACGAGGUCCAGAAGUUCCAGAAGACGAAGCAGGCGGUCGCUUUUCUGCGUCGCUCCAAGGUCUGGGCUGAUGUCCAGAAGGUGUACAAGUCCCAGCGUCUGCGCGCCGGUCGCGGUAAGAUGCGCAACCGCCGUCGUGUCCAGCGCCGUGGCCCACUGGUCAUCUACGCCAAGGACGAGGGUCUACGUAAGGCAUUCCGUAACAUCCCCGGCGUUGAUACGAUGAGCAUCAACCGUAUGAACCUGCUGAAGCUGGCCCCGGGUGGUCAUGUUGGCCGUCUGUGCGUUUGGACCGAAUCCGCCUUCGCCCAGCUGAACGAUAUCUAUGGCACCUGGAAGAAGAAGUCCACCGUCAAGAAGGACUACAACCUGCCUAACCCGAUCAUGGCCAACACCGACCUGGCCCGUCUGCUGAAGAGCGAAGAAAUUCGCAAGGUUCUAAAUCCGGCCAAGAAGGCUGUGCACCGUCACGUGCGUCGUCUGAACCCGCUGACCAACACCCAGCAAUUGUACAAGCUGAAUCCAUUCGCCCAGGUCACCAAGCGUCGCGCUCUGCUGGCCUCGAAGAAACGCAGGUACGAGCGUAUUGUCGCCUCGUUCAAGAAACGUGGAAUCGAACUGAACAAGAGGAACACAGCCGUUAAGUUCUUGGAACGCAACAAGGUGCGCGUUGAGAAACUCGCCAAGAAGAAGGCUGCUUGGGAGACCAAGGCCAAGACUAAGAAGUCUGCGAUAGCGCAGAAGCGUAUUGCGAAACACAAAACGCAAGAGAACGCCAGACGAGCUCGCAAGGGAUUGGCACCACUAAAGCCUAGAAAGUAAACAUGCUCGUGUGUUAGAAAUACAUUGUUUAUUGAUAAUACUGUGUAAGAAGAAUAAAAAUCUGAGGAGUGCAUACCUGUGGUACACGAGAAUAAUAAGUCUUAUUUUUACGAUUGUACAAAUUUAA